CCCCCUUGUCCGGUCUGCAGCCAUGGCCACCUCGGCAAGCUCCCACCUGAGCAAAGCCAUCAAGCACAUGUACAUGAAGCUGCCGCAGGGGGAGAAGGUCCAAGCCAUGUACAUCUGGAUCGAUGGGACUGGGGAGCACCUCCGCUGCAAAACCCGCACGCUGGACCAUGAGCCCAAGAGCCUUGAAGAUCUCCCCGAGUGGAAUUUUGAUGGCUCCAGCACCUUCCAGUCUGAAGGCUCCAACAGCGACAUGUACCUGCGACCUGCUGCCAUGUUUCGGGACCCUUUUCGCAAGGAUCCCAAUAAACUAGUUCUCUGCGAGGUCUUCAAAUACAACCGCCAGUCUGCAGAGACAAAUCUCCGGCACACCUGCAGGAGGAUUAUGGAUAUGGUGUCCAACCAGCACCCCUGGUUUGGGAUGGAGCAAGAGUACACUCUUCUGGGGACAGAUGGGCAUCCGUUCGGCUGGCCUUCCAACGGCUUCCCUGGACCCCAAGGUCCAUACUACUGUGGGGUAGGGGCUGACAAAGCCUAUGGCAGAGACAUUGUGGAGGCCCACUACCGAGCGUGCCUUUAUGCUGGUGUGAAAAUUGGAGGAACCAAUGCAGAAGUGAUGCCGGCCCAGUGGGAGUUCCAGGUGGGACCAUGCGAAGGGAUUGAGAUGGGGGAUCACCUCUGGAUCGCACGCUUCAUCCUCCAUCGGGUGUGCGAAGACUUCGGUGUCGUUGUGUCCUUCGAUCCCAAACCCAUCCCUGGGAACUGGAACGGUGCUGGUUGUCACACUAACUUCAGCACUAAGAACAUGAGGGAAGAUGGAGGUCUCAAGCACAUCGAAGAGGCCAUCGAGAAGCUGAGCAAGCGUCACCAGUACCACAUCCGUGCCUAUGACCCCAAAGGGGGGCUGGACAAUGCCAGGCGCCUGACGGGUUUCCACGAGACAUCCAACAUCCACGAGUUCUCCGCUGGCGUGGCCAACCGCGCUGCCAGCAUCCGCAUCCCCAGGAACGUGGGCCAUGAGAAGAAAGGCUACUUCGAGGACCGCCGGCCCUCCGCCAACUGCGAUCCGUACGCGGUGACAGAGGCCCUCGUCCGCACGUGUCUCCUCAACGAAACUGGAGACGAGCCCUUCGAGUACAAGAACUAAGCGGACUGCGCCCACGGACACCGCCUUCCCCCCGUGCUUCCCGCACCCCUAAACUUCCCUUCUAAAUGUAACCCCGAGGGUACCAGAUAACAUGUUCUGUGUCUCAGUAA